CAACAAAAAAAACAAAAAAAAAGAGAAGAGGAUGUCGUCGUCAAGGGAGCUACAAUACUUGGAGUACACAUACAGAAACAACCGUCCCACGACGGGUCUCCUCAACUCCAUCUUCAUGACCACCGUUAACACCGCCGCUCGUUCUCUCGUCUCCGUCGCCUCCACCGCCUCCACACCGGAGCUAGCUUCUAGGCGGUGGUCGGCUUCAGACCAUCUCAGGUUCAUGUCUAUGAUGAUGGCGUGGCUUGCUCUUUGGCUCCUUAGGGUUUUCUUGGACUAUCUUCCUCUUCCUCUCGUCUCUUCUUCUUCUUCUUCUUCUGCUUCUUAUUCUUAUUCUUAUCCUCCCUUUAGUUUUGCUUCGGGUCUUCUUACCGCGGCGGCGGAGAACGCGUUGGUCCCGGUUUCGGCUUCCUCCUCCUCCUCGUCCACGUCAUCAACGGCUUUGGUGAAGUAUUCAGGGUCGGCUGAUUUGGGUAUGAUGAUUUGUGACGGCGUUGAUGUGCCUUCCGUUAACUCUCUCGGUAGAGCACUUUGUCACGCACUAGCGCUCAUGAACGAGAUUCCAAUAACCUCACGAAAAUACCAAUUUACGAUGGGAAUGGCCGAGAAGAUCAUGGAAGACAACGCGCAGAGCUGCAACGUGGAGCUACUCGAUGUCAACCGAGCGGCCCUCGCUUCCUCCUUUGCACGCACCACUGCGCGUUUGCAAGACUCCUUGAAACGUUCUCGAACCGCAGAUGAGCCUUUCCUUGGUUUGCCGUUGCGUGUGGUUAGCGCACUUCCGCUAGGAGGCUAUGUAGCUUCUUACGUGAGAGGAGUGACCACGUGCAUCAACACGGUCAGGUCCUUGGCUGAUAUGACCGGUAACUUGUUAUCAUCGCAGAGUAGGAGGAGAGAGUCUGCGUUGGUGAGAGCUGGUGGUUUCCAGGAGAACGAGGUUGAACUAGCGGUGGAGAAACUAGCGGAGGAGCUUUUGUGGAUGACAGAGAAACUUAGACGUUAUGGUGCUGUGGAAGAAGGUAUCAAACGGUGGAGCUACGCUUCGGCUUUAGCUUCCUUGUCUCUCACGGCUGCUCCUAGGGUUCAAGGCCUCAUGGUUAAGAUUACAGCGCUCUUAAUUGGAGAGUUAGCAAGGGACAACACACAAGUUCCGGGACAAGUUAAGUUCAGACUCCUUGCAAACUGGCUACCGUUGUUUAGCCACGCAAGGAACGGUCUAGCCUUUCCGGUUCUCACGGGUUACGAGAGAGUUGAGGUGGAACGUGCCAUAGACAAAGCCAUCUCGACUUUGCCUGCACUGGACCAAGAAAUCUUACUCACAAACUGGCUCCAAGAUUUCUCAAUCUCGGCCUCUGAGUGGCCCAAUCUCACCCCAGCAUACGACCGGUGGUGCCACUCCACUCGCCAACUUGUCAUGUAGACGACCAGUGGUCCAAUGAGAACAAGAAAAACAUAGAUGCCUCUCGAUAGCUUGUGUCCAAAAAUUUAUCGUAGGUAAUAAAAGACUAGCUUCGAUCUAGUCAAAGAUUCAGACCUUGAAACCUUUGAUGUAUCUCUCGAGUCUAAGAAGACUGAA